AUGGCAAGGCGAGAGUCAAGUAAAAGUAGAACGAGUACAUUGGAUUCUGCCACUUCUGCGCCCUCACCUUCACAAUUAGGCCUGCGUAACGGAUUGAACGGAAACCAUAUCAACAUGAAUAAUAAUGCGAGUUCCACGAGCCUCAAUCGGAUGGGCCAGGACGUGGAGCCUAACAGCGCCACCUCUCACACACCGGGAUCGGUAGCUUCUGGUGGACCUUCGCCCGCGAUGGGCCAGACAGCAGGCGUAGGUUCAACAGCAAAUUCCACCUCUGGCUUAUCUGGACUGGUAUGCAAUGUGCACCGCACAACUGGGAGGGAACCGCAUCCUUUGGUUGGGGCCACAACUACUGUCUUAGGGGACAAGGUGUAUGUCUUUGGAGGACGUAGGCUAUCCCGCACGAAACCACCGUUGACCUCGGACUUGUACGAACUGGAUCUCAUCAAGAGACAUUGGACCAAAAUCGAUGCUAAAGGAGACAUUCCGCCACCUAGAUAUUUUCACAGUGUUUGUCCACUGGGAGAUAAGAAAAUGGUAUGCUACGGGGGAAUGUCGCCUGCCCGGUCACCUCCUGGCCAAAGUACACAACCACAAUCAGCUCAAGAACAGCCGGAGGUUGUCGUCAUGUCCGACAUACAUAUCUACGACGUCCCAAGCCGAACCUGGGUAAACAUACAAUCGCCAGAUUCACCGCAAGGACGUUAUGCCCAUUGCGCUGCAAUUCUACCUUCAUCCGCGGUUUUCACCUCUAACAGUGCGACCACGUCUGCGAUACAACACAAUCCGUCCUCUGAAAAUCCAAACCAGGGAAAGCUUGGUACCGAGAUAGAUGGCACAGGUGGCGCGGAAAUGAUAGUCGUUGGCGGCCAAGACAGCGGGAAUCAUUACAUUGAAGAAAUAAGCAUUUUCAAUCUACGAAGUCUAAAGUGGCAACCAUCAAACAGACUAGGCAAGGCAUGUGGUGCCUAUAGAAGUGUCGUUGCGCCUCUCACAACAAUAUCUGCUGAGGAUGUAGGUUCUCAAAGUAAUGAACGGCAGACUCCGGAACGGAAAUCAACAAGCCAAGCACAUGGCGCUUCAUCAAUGCUGUUAUAUUCAAACUACAACUUCCUCGAUGUAAAACUAGAGCUCCAGAUCCGAGAUCCGGCCGGUAAUCUUCAAGAAAAGCAAAUGGAAGGAUCUCCAUCCCCGCCAGGGCUCAGGUUCCCCAACGGCGGAGUGAUCAACAAUCACUUCGUUGUCAGUGGCACAUUUCUAACAUCCUCCAAGCAGGAGUACGCUCUCUGGGCACUGGAUCUGAGAAAUAUGACGUGGAGCAAGAUCGAUGCUGGAGGAACCAUCUUUACCACCGGGAGCUGGAAUCGCGGUGUUCUUUGGUCAAGAAGAAACACCUUCGUGGUUCUAGGAAAUCGUAAGAGGAGCCUAGUAGACGACUACAACCACCGACGCAUCAACUUUACAAACGUCAUAAUGGUAGAGCUGGAGGCAUUCGGUCUAUAUGAGAACCCGAGAAAGACGUCACCGCUAUCGAGAUACCAGUCAGUCAGUGCGCCGCUACAAACAGCUGAUUUGGACCAUAAUGCCGGUGGCCGGCAGCUAUCUGCAGCGGCGGAGGACCUCGGACACCUGGCCAUGGGGCUCAGAGAACUUAACGACAUGGAAAUCAUUACUAUCGAAAAUGAUAGAAUACCUAUUAAUUCUCACAUCGCCGCUCGAAGGUGGGGCCCGUAUUUCAACACACUCCUUCGAGAGGGCACUCUCUCAGUUGACCUCACUGCUGAAAACGCUGACACUGCUACCCUUCGUCCCUCCGGUCUAUCCACCCACCCAUCUCGCAACUCGUCCAUCACGAUCACUCCUUCUAUCAAAACUACCUACUCGUCUGCAACCACCCUCAACAAUAGUACAUAUUCAGAAACCACAGGAUCACCACCAUGGGCACUACCUGACUUGCGUUCUGGCCCUCCUGCUAUUUCUCGCUCACGUGCCCUUUACCUCCCUCAUACCAAACUUACCGUACAAGCGCUCGUGCACUUCCUCUACACUUCCGCUUUACCUCCCCCGUCCAGUCCGCUAUGCACCCCACAAAUUCUUUGCUCUCUGCUACAAAUAGCACGCCCGUACCAGAUCGACGGCCUUCUCGAAGCCAUCAUCGAGCGUCAACACGCUGUCCUCGACGGCCGCAACACAGCCGCCAUAUUCAACGCCGCUGCCAUGGCUGCUGGUGGCGGCGCCGGUCUUGAUGAAGACGUCGAGCUCGACCUCGAGCUUCACGACGAUACAAGCCUAUCCGCAGCGAAAUUAGCUUCGGCCAACGCGAUGGGCACAACAGCCAUGGCCCAAGGCCUCGCGAGAAUAAACACGGAUCUGCGGGCCCCUGGCGAUGGAAAUCGCAGUGAAGACGAGCUGAGCAGUACCAGCACAAGUACCAGUGCAAGCGAACUUGGCUCCGAGCUCUCGGGCCCCGGCACCGAGCGCGAGAUUUGGGCUGGCGAACUCAGUGCCGUGGUUGGACUACAGAAGCGAGGGCUGAGAGGGCUGAUGGAAGGGCGUAGGAUGCGAGAAAUGCGAGGUGGGAGUGCGUCCGGACCCGAUGCAACGGGACGUCCGGGGACCAGUGUUGAUACAAUGGGUUUGGGAAUACAGGCAGAGCAGGCGUAG